UGUCGUUCUUUCAUGGUGCGAAUCGUGUAUACCGAACAAGCAAUAAUCGUCGCUCGCAUUCGACGCAGUGCAUCAGUCGGGAUUUCGAGAUACUGCAAACAGAACGCAAUUCGCAAGUCGCAGAGAUAGACCGAGAGACUGAAAGUCGGGACCGCGUGUUAUACACAAGAACGCUUUUUUUCCGAAGCGUAACGAAGAGAAGCGGUAGAGGUAGAGCGAGAGGGAGAGCGAGAGAGAGAGUGUGAGAGAGAGUGAGAGAGUGUGAGAGAGGGCGAGAGAGAGUGUGAGGAGAGAGAAGCGGUACAGCGCGGCAUCGCACCGACGGAAAAAAAAAAAAAAAGGUGCCCCGACGCGGUCACUGGCGCUGCGAGGAGCGGCGAAAUCAUUGACAUUGGGGAACGGCCAUUUUGGCGAAUUGUUUCCCACCGAUCGAGUGCCCGAGGCGCGCAGCACACACAUACACGACAUCAACGUCCAUUCGUUUUCAAGGAAAAGAUAGUAAAUAUACUACAAUAUUUCCAAAAUGAUGACCGAGACGCAUAUGAACUCUAAUCAUAUGUUAAAUUCUGGUUUGUCCAACAAAUCAGAGAUAGAAAAAAUGGAUGAUGUAGGUUGGAAAGCCAAAUUAAAGAUUCCACCAAAGGAUAAAAGAAUCAAGACAAGUGAUGUUACCGACACACGUGGUAACGAGUUUGAAGAAUUUUGCCUAAAACGUGAAUUAUUGAUGGGAAUUUUUGAAAAGGGAUGGGAGAAGCCAUCACCGAUCCAAGAAGCUAGUAUUCCCAUUGCACUUUCUGGUAAGGACAUCUUGGCACGAGCGAAAAAUGGAACUGGUAAAACAGGAGCGUACUCAAUUCCAGUACUAGAACAGGUUGACCCAAGGAAAGAUGUAAUCCAAGCACUGGUAAUUGUGCCUACAAGAGAGUUAGCGCUACAAACAUCACAGAUUUGUAUUGAGCUUGCAAAACACAUGGAUAUAAAAGUUAUGGUUACUACUGGAGGAACUAACUUACGAGACGAUAUUAUGAGGAUUUAUCAAAAAGUACAAGUAAUAAUCGCAACGCCAGGAAGGAUCCUUGAUCUGAUGGAUAAAAAUGUGGCAAAUAUGGAGCAUUGUAAAAUUCUAGUUUUGGAUGAAGCAGACAAACUGCUGUCACAAGACUUUAAAGGAAUGUUGGAUCAUGUAAUAUCGAGAUUACCACACGAACGUCAGAUUUUGCUGUAUUCAGCUACAUUUCCUCUGACUGUGAAACAAUUUAUGGAGAAACACUUGAGAGAUCCAUAUGAGAUUAAUUUAAUGGAAGAGUUGACAUUAAAAGGCGUAACACAAUAUUACGCUUUUGUACAGGAACGACAAAAAGUUCACUGCCUUAACACGCUAUUCUCCAAGCUACAAAUAACACAAAGCAUAAUCUUCUGUAAUUCAACGCAACGCGUUGAAUUGUUGGCUAAGAAAAUAACAGACCUUGGGUACUGCUGUUAUUAUAUACACGCGAAAAUGGCGCAGGCACACCGAAAUCGCGUAUUCCAUGAUUUCCGUGCAGGAUUAUGCCGAAAUCUCGUGAGCAGUGAUCUAUUUACUCGCGGUAUUGACGUUCAAGCUGUGAAUGUCGUAAUCAAUUUUGACUUUCCGAAGAUGGCAGAGACAUAUCUGCAUCGAAUCGGCCGAUCUGGAAGAUUCGGCCACUUAGGUAUAGCAAUUAACCUAAUCACGUAUGAAGAUCGCUUCAAUCUACAUCGUAUCGAACAAGAGCUUGGAACAGAAAUUAAACCUAUUCCAAAAGUGAUAGACCCCAGUUUGUAUGUUGCGAGACCAGAAGACAAUAAUAGUAUGGAAGAAGGAAACGUGUCCAAGUAGUUUCGAUGCACUGGUAAAACGAAGCUUCGCACACGCUCAAAAAGUUGAAAGUGUGUGUUUAAAGUGUGUCAAAGAGUGAGUUCACUUGUAAAUAAAGCGUACUAUAAGUAUGAGUAAUAAUGAGCUGAGUGAUUGAAGUGUCGCGCAAAUGGUCAGUGCGAGUCAUUUCUUUGUACAUAAAAUACAUUUAAGUGUACAUAAGCUAAAGCAAAUCAGAGUCAAGCCAUUAUCAAGAAUGCACAAUAUGUAAACAGAUAUGUGAAUAACAUAAUAAUCAAUCAUUGCAUUUUAUCAUAACUGUAAAUACUACAUGCGAGGACAUACAACAUCGUUUUAAUAGAAGAUUUUUAUACAAUGGGCUUCAUUCUUCCAGUAUUUUUUUUCUUCUGUUAUAUAUUGAAGAAAAAGGGCAUAUAUGAUUUUGAAAAUCUAUCGGCCAAUUUCGCAGAGUACAACAUAACUGAUUCACGUGCUCAUUACUUUUGUACUGUCAUGCAUAUAUAUAAAUUGUCCUUAACAUCAAUAAAGUCGUGUAUAUAUAUAAUAUAUAUAAAUAUACAUAAAUUGCCCUCAGCGAUUUAUAAAAUUUGGAUAUAAAAUAUCAGUUGUAAUAUUUGAUCAUGGCUUGAUUUUGCUAUCUGUCAAUAUUGUCAUACAACUCUGAAAUUCAAAUCACUUGUCAACGCUUAAACUAUCUUCUAUUCGCUAGUGAAAUUUUUUGUUUCUUUUUUUUUAAACGCAAUUGGAUUUUCUUUUUACCAUAUCGUGAUUGAGAAUCAGAAGUUGUACAAUUGACUAGUUUUAUAUAAUUAUUUUUUAUAAAGAACUGGCUGGUGGACUCCCCAAUAAAAACAGAGGUUCUUUGGCUGAUGUAAAUAUUACAUAUAUCACUUUCUCGCAAGAAGAGUAACAUAAGUCAAAAAUAUAAAAUUAUUCAGAAGAGUAUUCAGAACACUCGGCUGAUAUUUAAAAUAAACCGCACAUAAUACGAAAUUCGAAAAAUAUCGACUUGUGCUACUUGUCUUGCGAAGGUGUAAUAUAUCGCAGCCUAUGUUUAAUUAUACAACAGUCUAUCGAGGCUGAAAUUGAGAUCUAACAAAAAAUUGCGAGGAUUUAUUGUUAAAAUUAAUGGAAAGAUAAACAAGAAACGCAGAAUAAGUGAAUCGUAAGUGUGCAUAAGGUAUUGAUACAGUUCAGGGAUUGAUACAAUUCACAUUGGAAUGUGAAUUGAACGUAAGAGAUGUGUGAAUAAAUACUCUUUUUCUCGUGAAAGAUAAAAUAACUGCCAAAGUUAUUGUAUUAUUGACAUAGAAUCUCUACAGAUCUCCAUAAAAUUAUGGAUAAAUACGAGAAAAUACGAGAAAGAGUAAAAAAGUGUGCAGGAAUCUUAGUGUUUGCAUGAUUGUAUAAUUGAAACUUGAGAAUUUCCAAAGCCACCAGCCAAUAUGACUUAGGUUUUUGGAUGUGAGAUAUGGAACAAUAUACCAAAAUAUUUCAUAUUUGAGAGGAAUCCUCUUCGAAUGAAAUAUUAACGAUGAUACGAAGGCGGUUUAAAAAUGUAUUUAGGGCUAUAAUAUCAGAAACUAUGAGCUCACCACGGAACUGUAGAUAAUAGAUAAACAGUAAUGAGAUAACUGUUGACACAAAAAAAGGAGGAAACUGAAAUUGCAAAUAUUUGGUCAGAUGUCGUAUAGAAUAUAUUGAUCUGAACGAAUGGUUGUUCAUGCUCGCUGCCUUCAAUCGACCAAUAUACGUAAUUUUUUGUUUGUAGCGACAUCAAGUGCAUGGCUUGAGUUUUGACGCAAGUUUAAAGUAUAUUUUCAAGUUGGGAUACAGUUCGCGGAUCUCCAGAUUUUCGUAAAAACUGAACAACCAGAGUAGAUCGGAAGACAAGUAAUUAUAUCUGCUACCAUUUGAUAAUUUAUUAGGUUCUUUUUUGUGUCACUGUUAAUGCAAAAAUACUGUAAUGAAUUAAACUAAUGUGCAAUCUUGUUGAUCAAAUGAUCUGUCGCCCACUGCAUAUUUAUUUGAUUGAUCGAGAUCGCAUACGAUUGCGUCAUAGUCUGAUAUUAUGACCCCCUUCAUUUUAUUAUCUACUUAAUAUACAAACUGUAAAUGGGUCACUGUAAUAACAAUUGUUUCGCUCAAGCAAUCUGCGAAAUGUGCCCAUUUACAAACUACGAAAAUCUGCUCUUAUUCUAUUAGCUUCCGUUGAUUUGCUUAUGAGCGAUGUUUUUUGAAAAUUCUUUUGGUAAUAUUACGUAGACUAAGAGAAAAAUACUUAGUCUUACUGUGCUGUAAUUGGAAACAUCAAUAGAUCCAUUUUAUGGAGUCUAUUUUGCGAAAUGUAUUUUAUUCAACUUUUGAAAGAGUCAAUUGGACCGUGUUAAUAAGCAAGCAUUAAAAUUUUUUCUUUUUAUAAAAAUUUUACAAAUUCUAAACUAUUCCAAUCAAAAUUAUUUUCAACUAAAAAUUCUGAUAGCAGUUUUAAAAUAAUCGAGGUUUGUACAUUUCAAAGACUUAUAAACGAAAACUCGUCCAUUUAUCGAUAUUAAAAGUCUACAAAAUGCGUGCUGUAUUUGACUCUUUCUAAAGAAUGAUGUUUAUGCAAAGUAUAUAAACUUAGAAAAAAAGUGGGCUUAAAAAAAUCCAAAAAAAAAGAGAAGAAACAUUGAUUAGCAAUGUUAUGUGAGCAGACUGAAGAACGUGGUAUAAUUUUAGAAUCUUUACCUCUCUUGCAGCUAUACUUAUACAUAUAUAUUCAGCCGUUCUUAUAUUCCAAAUUACAGACGAGUAUCCUUUUCCGAAAAAAAAUGCUGGAAAAUAAGUUGACGAGUAUAUCCGUGGCACGUUUCGCAGCUGCAAGUUGCCAAAGUAAACAUUUUUUACUUUGGUAUAUCUUUUACCACGUUUUCACGUCUGUUCCAUGAAGUAUAUCCAAGUGUAGUUCCCGCAACUAAUCUUGGAUAUAACAAGGAGUGCCCUUGAUAUGAAAGUAAGAAAGCGAAUGUAAUUCGUACGACGUAGAAAUACGAUUUCGGAAGUAAAUGUGUUAACAUCCGGGGUACGUGCGAGAAUUGCGGAGGACUCUCCCUGAUCCCAUCUAAAAGGGAGAGAGAGUAAAUUCUACUUCUCAAUGUCUACGAUUUAAAUCGUAAGUGUGAAGGGGAACAUCUUGAAAACGAGCUCUUUAACAGCACAUCUCGUAGAUCUCGUACCUUCGCCUGAAUUAUUUUCAUUGGUUAACCCAUGCAGCGAGCUGCGUGCAAGCACAUUCCCAACAAACGAACCGAGAAUCGAUCGCAUCGGAAGUUUAACAUCUAAACGAACAUCUUUUCGCGUUCGAAUAACAUACGCAGCUCGAAUAAUGGUAUUGGAAUUAGAUCUCCAAUAUACAUGAAAUAUUUAAAAAAAAAAACCAAAAAAAAACUAUAAUUUGUUUAAAAAAGAAACAGUAUCAGUUUGUCAACUCUCCAUGCUUUACCGUUUUGUUAAAGAACUUAUUAUUAUUAAUAUUAUGUACACUUGUUUAAAUUGCGAAACCAAUCUACUCAAAAUGGUAUAUCUGAACGGCUUACUGUAAUGUGAUACUAUUUUGUUACAAUUAUUAAUAUAAUUGCCACUAUUAACGAAGAGAUAUGAACGAAGAAUUUUCGACACUACGUAACGGACAUCGAUUUAUUUUGUGACAUUAAAUUUUGAGCUUCGAUUGUUCGUAAAUUACAAGCCGCAUAAGAUUGCGAAAUAUCACAUUUUGGAAUUGCUUUCGCUACAAUUGUAUUUUAUAAUUGAUGCAGUUAGGACUACACGAUCAAUGAAACGGAAGUGUCCCUAAAUGGAUGAUAUAUACAGCGAAAUUAUUUCACGAUAUUAUGCAGCUUGCGUAUGCAAAUACUUACAAAUAACUCGCGGCUCACGCGUAAUUGUGUGCAAAUGAAAUACUCUCUGUAUUUCUGAUUUUUAUGUACAUUUUUCAAGACAAUUGAUUAUUCUCUCUUAUGUGUUACCAUUGAUCGUUUGGAAGCAGUCUGUCAGUAUAGAACAAAAUUACAGUUUUCUUGUUCUAUAAGUAACGUUAUUUUUCUUUCCCCAAAUUGUAAAGAUGGGUUUGCGCGUGACCAUGAAAAGAACUUUUUUUUAUUUGUCUUUGCCGUUCUGUUAGCUCAAACCCACUCUAAUAAGUAUGUCAAUUUUGUUUCCUUAAAGGGACAGAGAACAGCACAACUCGUCCCUGAAUAAAAAUUCUGUUUCAGUACACACGA